GCAGCCCAGUCUGCAUGCCGAGCAAAGCCGAAGGGGAAAUUAUAUAUUACUCUCAAUCUAAGGAAUAUAUUUUAUAAACACGCGAAACAGUAGCCGACGGGAGUUCACUAUCUGGACUGGAACAUUUUCCGUGGACAAUGUUUCUCUUGCAGUAUACAGGACUGAAUCCGCUGUCCUUUGACUCGUCCUCCAACAACGAGCCCCUGCAGUUCAGCAACUCCAACGGGCUGCUGGUGUCAGACUGUCCUCUGGAGAACGGAGCUGAGAACAGCAAUAAGAGGAAGAGACCCAGCCUGCCUCCAGAAGGGAUUCGUAACAUGUCCAUGGACUCCAGCCCCAUGACGAUGCCCAUGUCAGACUCCAACGCCUGGGCCACUGCGAUGACAAACCUGGGCAUGGCUCCCAUGGGCAUGGCAGGACAGCCUCUUAUGUCAGAUUUAGACUCAGGCCUUGGCAUGAUGACGGGCAUCGCUCCCAUGAACCCUAUGAUGCCCGGCCUCGGCAUGGUGCCCCCACCCACCCUGCCCCACGAUCUGCCUAUCGUCAAGGAGAUAAUUCACUGCCAGAGCUGCACCCUCUUCCCCCCCAACCCCAACCUCCCCUCUCCGGCCAUCAGGGAGCGCCCUCCCGGCUGUAAGACUUUGUUUGUGGGCGGUCUACCAGAGAACGCCACCGAGGCGCUCAUCGUGGAGGUGUUUGGCCAAUUGGGUGAGAUCAUCACCAUCCGCAAGAGCAAGAAGAACUUCUGCCACAUCCGAUUCGUCGAAGAGUUCACCGUGGACAGAGCACUCUUUUUGUCCGGCUACCAUAUCCGUCUCGGGUCCAGUACAGACAAGAAGGACACAGGGCAGCUCCAUGUGGAUUUUGCCCAGGCCAGAGACGACCUGUAUGAGUGGGAGUGUCGUCAGCGCAUGUAUGCCAGAGAAGAGAGGCACCGCAGGAGGAUGGAGGAGGACCGUUUCAGACCCCCCUCCCCUCCACCCAUCGUCCACUACUCAGAGCAUGAGUGUAGCCAGCUGGGGAACAAGAUCAAAGAUGAGGCAACGUUUGCGGAGGCGGUGCGUGUGCUGCUGAGCUGGGUGGAACGCGGUGAGGUGAACCGUCGUAACGCCAACAACUUCUAUUCCAUGAUCCAGUCGUCCAACAGCCACAUCCGCCAGCUGAUGAGUCAAAAGGCCGCCCACGAGAAGGAGAUGGAGGAGGCCAAGGACAAGUUCAAGACUGCCCUAUCUGGCAUCCUGGCACAAUUUGAGCAGAUUGUGUCUGUAUUCCACGCUGCUUCCAAACAAAAGGCAUGGGACCAUUUCUCCAAAGCUCAACGCAAGAACCUGGACGUGUGGCGCAAGCAAGCAGAGGAGAUCAGAAAUAUGCAGAAUGAAGAGCUGAUGGGGAUCAGACGAGAGGAGGAAAUGGAGAUGUCUGACGAUGACAUGGAGGAUACACACGACCAUGACGAAUCAGGCCCUGUGGCCCAGGCGGAAGCCCUAAUGGAGGAAAAUGGCUCUCUGCGCUGUCAGCUUGACGCCUACAGGAAUGAGGUGGAGUUGCUGAAGCAGGAGCAGGGCAAGAACCAAGAACACACACCUCCACAACAGAGUGAAGAGGACGCCAGCAGGCAGCAACAACUAACCUUUCUACAACAGGCACUACAGGGCAUGCAAAAGCAACUGCUUAAGAUGUGUGAAGAAAUGAAACAGCGGGAGGCAGAGUUGGAGAAGAGUAUGGAGGACAAACAGCAGCUGGAGAGCCAAGUACAGAGCCUCAAGGAAGGACUGGAGAGUCUGAAGACACUGACAACACACACACCACAGCUGCAGACAUCACCGCGAGAUGACAGUGGGAGCGAGGAGAGUGCUAAUCAAGUCAAUCUGGAGACAUCAACGCGAGAUGACAGCAGGAGCGAGGAGAGUCCUAAUCAAGUCAAUGAGGCGACAGCAUUAGCACUGGUGUCAUGCAGUCAGGAAAUGGAGAGUCUGCCCCCAGAGAAGAUUCCCCCCAGUCUUGUUCACUCUGAGAGAGAGGCCUUGCUAGUUGGGAUCAUCUCUACUUUCCUCCAUGUCCACCCGUUUGGAGCCAGCAUAGAGUACAUCUGCUCCUACCUACAGCGGCUGAACACCAAGAUAAACACAGGGGAGGUGGGGGCUCUACUGGGUCAGCUGCCCUGUACCUUCAGACAGGAGCUGACAGGGGUGGGUGCCAGCCUGGAGAAACGCUGGAAGUUCUGUGGCUUCGAGGGCAUCAAGACCACAUAGAGCAUUACAGGGACAUGGAGGACAUUAUGGGGCCACAGAGGACAUUACGGGGACACAGAGAACAUUAAGGAGACACAGGAGAGCAUAGAGCUCAGGCUGCAUUAUGAGGACACAGAAGAAACAGCAUAGAUUUCAGGCUGGGACACUGAGGAAACAGCCUCUCUGUAUGGGUGACGGAGAGGGUGACUUGUCUCCAGGGUGACAGAGACCUCUACAACACCUCCAACGCCACACUGCUCUGCGCCCAACUCUGCAAAGCCUUAUGGGAUAGAACAGCACUGGGAGUCCCAGAGAAGUAUCAGUCCCAAGGUGCCAGGGGAUUAGCUGUUUGUCUGUCAUAUGGUUGGGCCGGACUGUUCUCAGAGCCUAAUUGGUUAACUCUGCUGUCACUCAGUCAGGGCCACGUUCAGUUGCCAAACAUUGUCGAACGUUGCAGAUAGAAAUGCCAUGAAUAGAGCCAACAUGAUUCCUUGGUCUACAUGUCGGAGAGGCAUGUAUGUUCUAUAUUAAAUAUUUAUAUCUGAACAUUCCAAAAUGUUGUGUCCUGCUGAACGCGCCCCUUGAAGGUUAUCAGGGUCUGCUGUAAACUUUCAACCUCCAACCCUCCUUCCCUUUCACACUUCUCUCUUUUUGUUCCUUGUUUGUACAAUUCUAUAAAUACAAUUAAUAUAUUUCCAUACUUUCUGUAUGGGGCAUUUCCAUGUAAAAGGAUCCAUUAGCACCAACAUGUGAAGUUCAUUGGAGCAUGUCAAAUCUGGUGUCAAAUGAGCCAUAUACAGUAUACAUUUUUCAACCAUUUUCUAUCCUAAAUAUUAGGAAUAGGCAAAGGCUUUGAUUUCUGGUCAAACGGACGGAAAAGGGGUUUUACAAAACAUCUACCAGAAAAGGUCUUAAAGGGAUUCUCCAGUACUUUGUAUAUAUUUUAGCCAGUAGUUCUGAAGUAGCGCUCACGAGACAAAAGUGGUCCCUAAAAUUGCAUUCAAUGUCACAUAUGUGCAGAUAUGUGCACCACGUCAUUGCUCUCUCUCUCUCGCUCUGCUGUGUGUGCAUCAUGUGCAUCUUGCUAGUUGUCACUCAUAUGGCGAGGGUUGGACUAGCUAGGCCCACAUGGGGGAAAAUGUAGGGGAAAUUACACAGCACAUCUUCCAGAAAAACUGUUGGUUUCAAAAAUGUUGUGGCUAAUUGAGGUAAAACAGUAAUUCUGCUCAUAGAUUAUGCAUGUAUGAACUAUCAAAUAACAUUUUAUUUGUCACAUGCGCUGAAUACAACAGGUGUAGACCUUACAGUGAAAUGAUUACUUACAAGCCCUUAAUUAACUAUAUAUUAACACAUUCAGCCCAAAGCGGGGGGUUUAAAAAAUACUUAGUAGUCGCCAAAGUUCCAGAGCAUGUCUUUAAAAGGUAUUAGAAAUACAGUACAUCAAAACAUUAUAAUGCUGUAGUAAAGACCCCUGCCAAAUAAUAUCAACACAUAUUUAGUUUUGGCGAAAUUAUUUGUCUAGUGUAAGUUUAAGAAACAUUGCCCUGUGCCUUGAAAUUCUAUUACCAAAACCGACAUAUCUUUAAGAUAUUUUCUAAUUUGUCUCCCUCAUGAGGAGGGAGUAUAAUGAAAGUUUCACAGAAGUAACAAGUAAAGGUAGACCUACCAAUUUGUUAUAGUGUUUUACUGAUAUAUAUAUAUUUGGUUUAUGAGUUAAGUGAUUUACUGCAAUUUAAUUAGAUACUGUAUAAUAAGAAAUCAUAGUAGUCACAAACCACAGUUGGGUCACUUUCUAAGGUCCUGCUUUCCACUGGCAUACUGUUAUGUUAAGCUCAUAACUUUUUUCUUUCUCUUUCUGUCGUCUGGUGUUCAAAGCACCAGAGCUCUACUGAGCUCUACUGUGCUGUACUUUGAUGUCCAAACUUGUGAAACAAGUGUAUGAUUGGUCAACCAAAUGUGUUCUUGUUUGGGGGUGGAGCUCAUUAAAAUAAUAGCCAGUGUGUAGAAUAAUAUCCAAAUAUGCAGAGGAUAUUGCAUAUUUCUAC